UCUUUGCACUUUGCUGAGAAUCAGCUAGUAUUUUCUCCUUUACAGGCUUAUGACAACUUAAGUUUGAGUGACCACUUACUAAGAGCAGUACUAAAUCUCUUGCGGAGGGAGGUUUCAGAGCAUGGACGUCAUUUACAGCAGUAUUUCAACUUGUUCGUAAUGUAUGCCAAUUUAGGAGUGGCAGAGAAAACACAGCUGCUCAAACUGAGUGUACCUGCUACCUUUAUGCUUGUGUCCUUAGAUGAAGGUCCUGGUCCUCCAAUUAAAUAUCAGUAUGCUGAAUUAGGCAAAUUAUACUCAGUAGUGUCACAGCUCAUCCGCUGUUGCAAUGUCUCUUCAAGAAUGCAGUCUUCGAUCAAUGGUAAUCCUUCUCUUCCAAAUCCUUUUGGUGAUCCUAACUUAUCACAACCUAUAAUGCCAAUUCAACAAAAUGUGGUAGACAUUUUAUUUGUGAGAACAAGUUAUGUGAAGAAAAUUAUUGAAGACUGCAGUAACUCUGAUGAGACCGUCAAAUUGCUUCGCUUUUGCUGCUGGGAGAAUCCUCAGUUCUCAUCUACUGUCCUCAGUGAACUUCUUUGGCAGGUUGCAUAUUCUUAUACUUACGAACUCCGGCCCUAUUUGGAUCUGCUUUUACAAAUCUUACUGAUUGAAGACUCUUGGCAGACUCACAGAAUUCAUAAUGCCCUUAAAGGAAUUCCAGAUGACCGAGAUGGGCUGUUUGACACAAUUCAGCGUUCUAAGAAUCACUAUCAAAAAAGAGCAUACCAGUGUAUAAAAUGUAUGGUAGCCCUCUUUAGCAGUUGUCCUGUUGCUUACCAAAUCCUGCAGGGCAAUGGAGAUCUUAAAAGGAAAUGGACGUGGGCAGUGGAGUGGCUUGGAGAUGAACUUGAAAGAAGACCAUACACUGGCAAUCCUCAGUACACUUACAACAAUUGGUCUCCUCCAGUGCAAAGCAAUGAGACAUCAAAUGGCUAUUUCUUAGAGAGGUCACACAGCGCUAGGAUGACACUUGCAAAAGCUUGUGAACUCUGUCCUGAGGAGGAACCAGAUGACCAAGAUGCCCCAGAUGAGCAUGAAUCACCUCCACCAGAAGAUGCUCCGUUAUACCCUCAUUCCCCUGGAUCUCAAUAUCAGCAGAAUAACCAUGUGCAUGGACAGCCAUAUACAGGCCCAGCGGCACAUCACAUGAACAACCCUCAGAGAACUGGCCAACGAGCACAAGAAAAUUAUGAAGGCGGUGAAGAAGUGUCCCCUCCUCAGACCAAGGAUCAGUGAAAUGCACAUAUUAACUGGUUCCAUCAAGACUGUGCACCCAGGCCUUACAGUCCAACUUUUUUUCUGUGUCUGGCUAAUAUUUCAAACUAGAAAAACUAUUCCUAAUCAACUUGGAGUGGAGAGUUUAUUCAUUGUCUUAUCUGCAGAAAUUUGCUGUCAAUAUAUAACCCGCCUGCAGUGGAAAGUGUAUAGUGUUUUGUAAUAAAUGGCCUGAUGCUAAUGUGUAAAUGGCAAAGGUGUAUAUAGUAUAUUAAUGUUUGACUGUUAAUUCUUAAGCAAGAAUUUUUUUUUCUUCAUGAGACUCACAGAUCUACAGAACUACAUUAAUUUUCUUGUUAUACCUACUGCUCUCUGCAGCCAGUGUUGCCUACCUUGUGGCAGUUGGAUCACCUCCUUUACAAAAACAAAAAGUAAAUCAACAUCAACAAAACAGCCCAUUCAUUCAUGUCACACCAAUAGUUUCCUGUUCAUUGUUUGCCACUUGGAGUCAAUUUUACUAUGAGCAAUGUAAGGCUGAUUACCUUUGAUUUAUUUGGUUGAUGUGGAAAAUUGGUGAUGUACUAUGUUUCUAGUCUUUCUCAUUGCCUUUUUAUUCUGAUGUUAGGUUAAUCACUUUGAAGCUAUAGAUAUGCUGUAACAUUUAGCAUGGCUUCACACAAGUUAGUGUAGCCAGUGAAGAAAUAUUACCAUAAUGACUGCAGUUGUCCUGACAUGACACCUGCAUUGCUCGGAGCUUUCCUUCUUAAACCCUAGAUUAUAAAAUACAGACUGAGGGAGAACUGUGGCAAGGAAGCAGUUCUCAGUUACACACGUGUUCUUCUCAUGUUUGACAAUGUGAUCUCUGGGUAGAAUAAAGAACACUUAAGCUUAUUGACUUGGUAAUGGGAAUUUUGAAAGAUUUAAAACAAAUACACAAAAAUUUGCUAUGCCAGUAUGCUGGCUGGAGCCUAGUAGACUGUAUUUGGUGUGCUUGUUUCGUUCUUUGCUAGAGCUUACUAAGUGACUCUCUUUCAAACUGUCCUUCCUUCUGCUGGAUCCCAGUGCUGUGGAAGUCCUCAGAAUCCCACAAUCUUUGGAGUACCUCUGCACCAAGGUCUCUGGCUGAUUCUCUGCUCAGUCAUAAUUUUACUUGAAAGCAAAAAUUGUCCAAGCUCCUUUUUCAUUCCAAAAAUUUUAACAUUCAAAGCAGGGUCUAAUUUAAGAAAUUACUGGUAGUUAAUAUAAUUAAGGAAUUAAAUUUUAGAAUAAACAAUUUGAAUAAAGAUAAAGGAAUCAGUUAAAGCUGUGUUUCAAAGAAAAUUGGUGAUUUGAAUAUGUGUAAUUUUUUUGGAACCUGUCUAAAACCAAAUGCCCCUGCAAACAGAUACAGCCUACCCUAUUUAAAUAUUUUGCUGUUUUAUUUUAUAGAAAUUAUUUUGCUGAAUUUGCAAAUAGAAUUUGAUUUAAGAAGAACUUUUUGUCCUGUGGUAUGUUUGGGGGUUUUGAUACCUUCUCUGUCUGCCUGUCUCUCUCUUUUUGAGGACUGCAUAUUUCUGGAAAGCUGAUUUCUAUGCAUAGCAUGUGUAGACAUAACCAGCAAUGAAGAUUUUAGUCUCAUUAAGUUUUUGUGCACAGAAAGAUGGGGGUCUUUGGCUCUUUACUAAAGACUUGGAGAACCGGAUGUUGAUGCUGUAAAAGUUCCCUAACAAUCAAUCUUGUACUUUUUGUAUGUUUUUAUAUACAUGUGUAUUUAAUGAGCACAAGCUUGGUUGUAUUUUUUACAAUUCAGUUGAUAGGAAAAUGUUUUAAGGCUAUAGUUGGCAUUGAUCAAAGCAGAAGCAAAAUUGAGCAUUGUUAUUUUGUGAUUUAAAAGGGGCAGUAUUUAAGAUAAAGGUUUAGGUAUCUUAUUUGCAGUAUUCCACAGUUCUGCUUCUAGACUUCCUGUAAUUUUAGCAACCUUUGACACCAGAUUCUGUUUACAUCAGAAUUUGCUUUUGUUUCGGUUUUUGGAGCCUGGGGAUCCAGAACCUGAAGUACUCCAGGCAAGAGCUCUACCAUUGAGCUGCACCUCCAGCCUGAAUUGAAGUUUGAACAAAGUACAGUGUUUGCAAUUCCAACUGGAAGUUUUUUAAAGUUCUUCAAGUAGUAAAGUAGGUUAGCUUUGUUUGGAUGAGUAACUGGUACUAGUUAUGUUAUCUUACCAUCUGACAUGCAACUUUGGUAUUUUCUGCUUCUUAAGGAAAUUAUGAAAUAUGUAAAACUUAGUGACUUCCUAGGUAAGAAGAAAACUUGACAUUUUCAAAGGCUGUGAAUUUUUCUUGGAGGGAUUCUACCCCCGACCCCCAGUAGUUGCUUUAAGUGUAUAAGCCCACCAGUUCCACAUGAUGGGGGCUUAUGGAGUCAUGGUUCCCCUCAUUUGAGGAAGAGUGGGCCUGUGUCGUGACCAGGAGUGAGGGAAGGUGAACAGAGUUAUUUUUGUUUGUUUGUGCAAAUUAUUUUCUAUAUUAACUCUUUAAGCAUUAAUGUAUAACCGGAAAUUUUAAGAUGCAUGUUAUUGUAAGAGCAACAUAGUGGUGAUUUUGAGGUCUUUCUCUAAAACAUAAGUGGCACAUUUUAAAUUUCAAGUCUUAAAGUGCCUGAAAGUUAUUUGAUUCUCUCAACUAAUUUCUUUUGAGCCAUAUGUUUCCUCCUUUAAAUGUUUGUUGCAGAAUCACUAGUCUUCGUUUGAAGUACUCCCACAUUUCUAAAUGGCAUGAUUGCUCUAUUGAAGACAGUAGAAUCUGUUAACGUAAGACUGAAGAGAUUUUAUUGUGCAACUGUGUAAACUGGGGCUUUGCCCAGUCGGAUCUAAGUAUUUUUGUGUACAACUUGGUAAACACCAUAUUGCUGCUGUUUCUAAACCCUCCACCUACCGAAUUCUCAUGUUCAGCAUCGCAGAGGCAGAAAUACAAGCAUAAUCAUAUAUGGGCUUUGUUUCUUUUCAUUGGUUUUUCUUAGUGAUGAUUUCCCAGCUUUUUUUUUUUUUUUUGUCUCUUAGCUAUAAUUAUACAGACCUAGAAUUAUUCAAAUGUUUUCUAUUUUCAUGAUUAACUUUUAUUAGUGGACAAUAACAACUUAAGUCUUUAAUCCUCAUAUUGGUUAAAAACAUGAGGAGCCUUUUUUAUUUGAAUUACUUUUAUAAAAGAAAGCAAGAGUCUGAAUAUUCAGGUGACUACUUUGGCAUAGUUCGGGGUUUUAUUAGUAUUUUUCCAGGUUAUGUUUUCCCAUGAACUAUUAUACUUUGUUAAUUUUGUGCUUAAUUUGGUGACUAUAUCCUGCCUUAUUUAGGAUUUUAGAAAAUUGCCUUUUUGCGAUAAGUGCCCAGUUUUUAUUUCUAGUUUGAAGGUACGAGGACAUACAGACUGCUGAUCAAGGAAACCAGCACCCCUUUGCCCCAGCUUAUGUGUUUCCAACAAAACCAUUCUCAGUACUGGUUUCAUUGUAGGGCCCAACCACAAUUGGUCCUGCAUCUACACGAGUGUUGCAUAUUUGAAAAGGGUUUGGGUGCGAUAAAUCACUACAGAAGUGCUGAAUGUAUUAAGAACUCGCUGCCGAUUGUAUUUCUAAUGAUUAUUUUGUGUUUGCAGAAGUAUGUAGCACUUGUCCUCCAAGCUUUCAGGUGUAAGGGGGAAAGGUGAACCACAUUUUAAAGUCACUAAUGAGUGCAAUUUUUUUUUUUGGAAUUGGGGUUCCCAAAAGGAAAUUUCACCGCCCAAAUCUCACAUACUUCUUAGCCUUUUACAAGCCAACAGAUUGACAUAAAGAUUGUCCGCAGUUCGUAAGAUCUAGCACAUAUACAAAAAUAAAACUUUAUAAAUUAAA